AGACAGCAGACUAUUGUUGACUAGCUAAGCUUACUGUAAGCUAAUAAUGCUAGCUAGCUAGCUACAUGUAUGAAACAACGUAGCUGUUCUGCUAAAGUCAGAGGGUGGGGUUUUCCCGAGAUCUUUCUACACCAAGGGGGGUGGAACAUUUUGUGCUGUACCAUUGUUCAAAUGUAAGAAGCCGAUUGUAACGCUAGGUAAUUGUUUAACUGCAAAAUAUAGCUUCAAUACUGAACAUCUGUUCUCUAAACGUCUGGGGACGAGAACCAUAGCUCUCAAAGAUGGUGCAGAAAGAUGCUGAGCAGGAGAGUGAGAUGAGGGCUGAAAUCCAGGAAAUGAAGAAGGAGCAGGCCUCGAUUAGCAUGAUGGAUGAGUUUGCUAGAUAUGCCAGAUUGGAGCGCAAAAUCAACAAGAUGACAGACAAGCUGAAAACACACGUGAAAUCAAGAACAGCGCAACAAGCCAAAAUGAAAUGGGUUGUAAACAUCGUCUUUUAUAUACUGCAGGCUGCUCUGAUGAUCUCCUUGAUAUGGAAGUAUUACUCUGAUCCAGUGACAGUGGUCCCCAGUAAAUGGAUUGCCCCUGUGGAGCGCCUUGUGGCCUUCCCAACAGGAGUGGCAGGUGGAGUGGGAAUCACAUGCUGGUUGGUGGUUUGCAACAAAGUGGUUUCACUGGGUCUCCAUGCCGUCAGCUAGAGACGGCAGCUGAGUUAAAUACACUGGUUUUCUAAGUUAUUGCUCAACAUUUAGUUGAUGAAAUCCACAAAUUUGUGUAAUUUUUUUUGUCAGCUGCUUCAGACCAACAUGUAAAAAUGCAGUGCAUUUUUUUGUACGCUGUUUCAUAUUGCAACAUAGUAUUAAGUUGAUGUUGAAUUUUGUUCUUUUUGUUUUGAUCAUUUUGUUUUAAGUUAAUUGUAAUGAUGUAUUGGCUGUAUUAUUUCAAAACAUAAUAGUUUGGAAAUGUUGAAAUGCCUUUGAAGAAAAUAAAACAAAA